AACCGUGGGGGUGUUUGUCUAAAAUAACAGGCAACGUUUCGAUCAGUCGCCCUUCAAAACGUGGUAGGUAGGUCUAUCCACCUCUCCACCUACUGUGCCUAAUUUGCAGUGCUUUUGGCAAACGGAAUGUUUGAGUCUUUAACCAGACCGUGGGGAACAAGCAGUAUUGUCCACACUCACUCAACCGGUUUGAUAUGUCGAAUGUUUGCUUCGCAGCUGACGUGUCAAGUCACACACCUAACCACUGCAUCUAAAUUUAGACUUCCUCAUUCCACGCACCGUACUAAAAGAGCCCUACGGCAGUAGCGUCGUGGACUCGCCAGAGACCAUGGCUUCGUCUUCAUCGAGACAAGAGGACGAUUUCUCCUGCUCCAUCUGCCUCCAAUUGUUUGACGUCCCCGUGAGUCUGGCAUGCGGCCACAACUUUUGCAAGAAAUGUGUGGAGGGAUUAUGGGGUUCAGAGGCGGCGCAGGUUCGCUUCACCUGCCCGCAGUGCCGCAGGCGCUACGCCAAGAAGCCAGAGCUCAACAAGAACGUGUUCAUAGCCGACUUGGUGGAGAAGUUUAAGGACUCGCAGAGAGGCCAGUGUAGAGAUCACACGGAGCCCAUGAGGUAUUACUGCCAGAAACACGCGCGUCUGGUCUGCGCGACCUGCAUGCUGGCGGGAGAUCACAGAGGCUGCGAUGCCAUCACCGUGGAGGGGCAGCAAACGAAGAUGAAGGAGACAAUUGCAGGAGAGAAAACAAGAAUGGAAAAGGAGAAGGCUACGGAAGAGAAUGCCGUCACUUCUCUGAGGAAGUCAUUCAAAUCUUUUCAGGACUUGACUGAAAAUGUCAAGGAUCGGAUCAAGGAGAGCUUCGCCUUUGAGAGGCGACUGCUGGAUGAGGAGGAGCAGGAGGCCCUGCGGGGAGUGCAGGAGAAGAGCCGCCAGGGGCUGUCGUGGAUCCAGAAUAAAAUUGAGGAGCACGUGAAGAAAAUAGAGACCCUCACCCAAGACGUCGGCAAGCUGGAGAAAGCGAUGGCACUGCAGGAUCCCAUCGCCUUCUUAAAGGAUGAUCAGGUGACAUUCUUGCUCAUCAAGAUCCACAUGGAGGAACGUAAUGCGAGCUCGACGACCCCGGAGACGAGAGGUAUAUGGCAGUAAGUUCUCUAUUUAUGUUGGGGAUGCCUCCUUAGAAAACGCGACAUUAAGCGAAACAAAUCAAACCCUAAUUUACCAUUGGCUUCAUGGUAGCACCUUCGAUUAGCACGGUUGGCUAUGCAUGGUGUGAAAGAAGUUCAACAUUCAUACGUAUAUUUAGGAUACGUUGUCGGGGAUACGUUUUUCUGUCAACAUUUCCAGAAAAAAUAAAGUAAAUAAGUACCAAACAAAGAUAAGGAAGAUACCCACCAACUUUGUAUAUAACAAGUUUAAACAUAUGCGUACUUCAGGCGACAUCUAACAAGUGUAUGUAUCUAUGCGAAGUGGAGCAGUGACGCAGUGUUCAACGCACUCUGCUAUGAACCCAGCAACCUCACUUCAACUCAGAGGCGGCAAAUGGCCUUGGAACUGUCAAUUUUUCUUUGCUUCCUUGGCACCGUACUAAUAAACCAGCUUAAGGUAAUUACAGUGAGGAUGGUCUCGUAAUGAUAAAUAAAUAACGGUCAAUGAGCCGUUAAAAAAUCAAUUGAAUUGUCUUUAAUAAACAGCUUCGGGAGCAACAAGAAACAGCACCUCCCAGCCACCAUCAUUGUCUAUCGAUCUGCUGUAUAUCAACUGUCUAGAAGUUCUCCUUAGCACCACCUCUGACGAUAAAAAUCAGCCUCGAUUAAGAACGAAUCAAGAAUUGUCGUUCACAAGAAUAGCAUACACAACAUUCGUGCCGUUUAUCAGCAAACUCAACCACUCUGGAGCAAUAUCCAUCACACUUUAAUCGAGCCAGACAAUGCUGAUGCUGGAGGCUGGAUUACCCAUUGUAAUGUCUUUUGACAAAGUUGUCUCAGAAGCACUGCCGUUGUCGAUCUCCUCACUGGAGCUGUCAUUCCCUUCUUCCUAUCGAUGACGCCACGACUUCAGUCGAGAUGCGUGGCAUGGUCGUGACGUUGCUUUCGGGUGCCUUCAUCCAAUUUCUAAACACGAUGCGUGUUGUCAGGUGACUACUAUUGGUCCCUUAUACAACGUGUCUACAACGUGCACCUUUUGGCUCUAACAAAAGCUGUCUCGGGUCUGGACCAAUCAAUUUCAAGGACAGUGCC